GGAGAGCGCCGGUGUGUCUCCGUCCUGCCCGCCUCCUGGAGCUGCCGCCAUGGCCAUGUUGCCCGCGGGCCGGCUCGGUGCCGUUAUCCGCCUGCUGCUGCGGCAGCAUCAGCCACGAGCAUGUGCUGUUAGGAUGCUGAAGACUACCAGCUCACAGCGAAGUGAAGCCUUGGCAACUCCGCCUCUUGAUAAUGUUCCCAAGGAGUACUCGCCCAAGAUUCAGCAGCUAGUUCAAGACAUUGCCAGCCUCACCCUACUGGAGAUUUCUGACCUCAAUGAACUGCUGAAGAAAACCCUCAAGAUCCAAGAUAUGGGACUCAUGCCAAUGGCAGGGAUGAUGCCACCAGCGCAAGCAGCAGCUCCAGAAGCUGAAGAGGAUUUUGUCCCCAAGAAGCCGGAGAAGAUAAAUUUUACAGUCAAGUUGACUGAAUUGAAUGCUGCAGAUAAGGUGAAACUUAUCAAGGAGGUGAAGAAUUGUAUGCAAGGCUUAAACCUUGUCCAGGCGAAAAAGUUGGUAGAGUCUCUUCCUCAAGAGAUCAAGGCACACGUCUCUAAAGAGGAAGCGGAGAAAAUCAAAGCUGCUCUGGAGGCAGCAGGAGGGACUGUCGUUCUGGAGUAACGGUUGGCAUCAGCAGCCAAAGGACUAAAGCAGAGCAGGGGAAAGUCCUGCGCUCUGUCACCCACCUGAAGCUUUUAUUUGCCUGCUGACUGGUGGUGGUGGGGUGCUGUGCAGUUCCAUGAAGCUGUGCCCCGCCUUGUUUUCUCUGCAAUGUGGUUGUCCACUGAGAUGGCCCAGUGUGGGAUGAAUGUCUUCGGCACGAUGGGGGUCUGUUGUUUGUACCAACACUGCAAGGAACUGAAUCUAUAAAGAAUAUACACGGGGGCGAAUGCCUUUGGAACAAG